UCAAUGUCAAGUUUCAUUUGUUAUUUACUGGCUGAACGAGUGGUAUGGUGGGGUAGGUCUCCGAUAUGCGCACGUCGGUUUCCAUUUGUUGCCUUUUCAUGUGCUGAUGAAUGUGGUACUGUUGAGGUCACAACUCUGCUGGGUGCAUUUUUUGGCGUAUUAGUGCUGCUGCUCCUGCUGUUCCUCUACAUAAGUCGCAGAUGCUGCUUUCAUCAUCGCCAUGGCAUCAACUGCUGUGACGAGCGACACUUGGCGGCCAAGUGUGUGCAGAAGAUUACACGCAAACGUCGCUAUGAGAACACCAGCUCCGACUCUGAGGAGGAUAUGCUGCGACGCCUUCGCUGGCAUCAGCAGAAUAAUAACCUUCUACCAAAUGGCAAAUUUAUCGGCUAUGGCAUGGGCAUUGACCAAAGGAAUCCAUUGACAGGCCACAAUUUCAAUUAUCAUCAAGCUGACCUGCAAAGGGUCACAGUGACACGUGACCCUUUGGCAAUUGCCGAACGGGGCAAGGUCGGCAUUCCUUCAUCGCAUAGCGAGUGCAGCUCCAAUGAUUCCAUCGAGGCGUCUGUUGACAGUCACACUGGCAUUUUGACAGGCGAAAGCAGAGCUGUUCCGGUAGCAUCACUGCGAAAUUCCUAUGCCAAGUCACAGAAAUAUCAGCACAAAGUCGACGUGCAGCCACCAAAGCCCGAGAGGGAGAGGGAUAGCGUGGUGGUGGUGCCAAUUGCUAGCUUAACUAACAACAACAAUAACAUCACUGCAAACAAUAACUACAAUCAGAGCUGCAACAACAACAACAACAGCAACAACAACAAUACCACAACCAACAGCAGCAACAACAACAACAACAACAACAACGAUGAUGAACCUCUUUUCGAUACCAGCGACUUGCGUUCUAUUAAGUCCGAUGAUAUCCUGGUCAGCGAUCCAAAGAGCACAGCUCCGCGUGGACCCAUCGAGCUGGAGAUGUCCUUGCUGUACGAUGCGCCCAUGCGUAAAAUGACAGUUCACGUGAUGCAGGCAAGAUCCCUGCCACCACUGGGCAAUGGCCAGCAGACGCACACCCAGGUGCGCCUUCUGAUGCUGCCCAACAAAAAGCAAAAGCACAAGACUAAGAUACGCAGUGGCGAGAAUCCACAGUAUAUGGAAAGUUUUCUGCUGCAUCGUGUAAAUCCCGAGGAUGUCAAUAACAUGGGCCUUCGGGUGCGUCUGUAUGGAUGUGAGCGGCUGCGUAAGGAGCGCCUCAUUGGCGAGGCCUAUGUAAGUUUUGCUACUGUCGACUUGGAGCUAGAGACUAAUCUGUGGCUGCCGCUGGAGCCACGCAACACAACAUCGCUUUUGGGAUCAACAAGCGACCUGUUGAGCUUGGCCAGAUCGGACAGUGCCGGCUCCACAUCCUCCAUGCAGCAUGGAGGUGUCUCAGAGCUGCUUUUGGGUCUCAGCUACAACGGUGUCACGGGUCGACUCAGUGUGGAGAUUAUCAAGGGUAGCCAGUUUCGCAGCCUAAUGCUAAACAAGGCGCCGGACACAUAUGUCAAGCUGUGUAUGGUUAGCAGCAUUGGUCAGGAGAUUUCGCGCGCCAAAACGUCAAUACGAAGAGGCCCCAAUCCGUUAUUCAAAGAGACCUUUGCAUUCCAAGUGGCGCUGUUCCAGCUGAACGAUGUGACGCUCAUGAUCUCGGUGUAUGCCAAAAGGCACAUGAAGAAGAACGAGAUGGUCGGUUGGUUUAGCUUGGGCCUAAACUCAUCAGGACCGGAGGAAUGUGCGCAUUGGGCCGAUGUCUGCGAAAUGCCCAAGGGAGAGAUGCUGGCGCGCUGGCAUGUACUGGUGGAUUCCUGAUUCGAGCAGUUGGGACAGUCCUCAGGACGCAGCAGUAAGGCGCUCAAGAAACUGGGCUUUGCUGCGUUCAAGGACAAGUCCAAGGAUAAAGCGCGUAAGGAGAUGGAUGAGGUUCAAUUCCCUGCAGACAAUGCCGUUGCAGUCGACAUUGAGCCCGGCUUGGAGCUUGAUUUUGUCUAGAUUUUGGUCAGUUCGAGUAACCAACGAUUGGUUACCUUAAACAUUUUGAUUGGGCUUUUUUAAUGUGAAGCAUAUUUUGAACGUUAACAUUGGUAACAUUGUGUUCCCCCGAAAACUACAUAUUGUAAUUUUUGGAAGAUCUGGUUAGCAGCCAGAUGUUAGUCCACAAGGGCUAAACAAAAUUUUUGUAAUUUGGAAACAAAUCAAAUUUGUCACACAUUUCUUAUAAAAUGUGUGAAACCAACAAGAAGAAGCAACACAAACAAACAACAAAACAAAACAAAACAAUUAACUAGAAUACUAAAAUUUUGUACGCAACUGCAUAUGCAUAACUUAUUACUAAAAUUUAAACUUUAUAAUUGUUUGUGAUAAUCAAUAUGAUAUGAAAAAGACAAAAUAACAGCGACAUGUAUUCGCAUGUCAAUUUUUUGUAAUUACUAUUUCUCUGCAACUUAACAAAAUACAUAUAUGUAUCUAACCGCAAAGGUUUUGAUGGUCCCACAGGGCUGGCACUUUUUUUAUUACAAUUAUUAAGAAAUCCAAAAGAAAAGCAAAACUAAUUAUAAUAUAUACAUACAUACAUACAUACAUACUAGCAAAUGUUAAACAUGUGUAUUAGACAGAACAUUUGGAUGCGUGUGACAACGACAAGGAAAUAUGUAUGUACAUAUGUAGCUUCUAACAUCUGGAAUGGUUAGUGAAGGAAAAUAAACAGUGUAAACCAAAUUGAAAUGAAUACAGCUAUAUAACUUAUGUUUCGUCUUGUUACACAUUUCACAAUGUUCUGGCUAACGAUCUGCAAAUAAAUAGCAAAACAGCCACAAUUGUAGCCAACGCAUACCACAUAACAAAUGCAAAACAAAAAAGAAGGAAAUUCUUGAGAUUUUUAACAAGAAAAUCAUUGCGUAUUGUUCCAGUUUUUAUAUGGAUAUAUUAAAUACCAGUACCUUAGGAUUCAAAUUAAAUACGCACAAAAAUCUAUUGUACAUCCGAGUGAAUGUUACGAGGCAGAUCAAGUUUCUAAAUAUAAUUGGAAAAUCCAGCACAAUUUAAUCAUAUUUAAUGCAGGUUGCUUGGAAAAUAUAUGAAAAAAAAAAAAAAUCGAAACAAAAUAUUUAUAAAAACAACAUUAAAUGUUGAAAAUAGCAAAGAUCUAAUUCUAUGUAUUAAUAACCAAAGAGUUUAGUGAGGCAUGUUUACUAUCGGGCUGCUCGGAAGGCAUUUACCUUGAGUACAUGGGUCGGGGUCGAACCAUGUAAUUACAGAUAGAAAAUUGAAAGCUUUAAUAAAUGUCGGUACUAAAUUGAUUGAUUUUUAAUUGUCAAAGCAAGUAUUAAACUAUGUACAACAAAUGCUCAUAUGCAACAACCUAAAAA